AUGGAGACCUCUUCUCUGCUUCUCUGCAAAGGGCUCCUGCUCACAGCCUUCCUCUUAACCUGCUGGAAUGCACCUACCACUGCCAAACUCACUAUUGAAUUAGUGCCCCCCAUGGUUGCUGAAGGUGGAAACUCCGUCCUAUUUGUGCAUAAAAUGCCGCUGAACGUCCAGGCAUUUUACUGGUACAAACAGAAAGAUGCGACCAAGAGCUACGAAGUUGCACGCUACUUAACACCCAAUAACACAACGUCGAAGAUGCCUCAACACAGUGGUAGGAAAACAGUAUUCUACAGUGGAUCCCUGCUGAUCAGAAACGUCACCCAGGCUGACAGCGGAUUCUACACCUUACUGACGUUCAACACAGAAAUGCAAAGUGAACUCACACACGUACAUCUGGAAGUAUACAAGCCUGUGGCACAGCCUACCCUCCAAGCAGACAAAACCACAGUAACAGAAGAUGGUUCUGUGACCCUCACCUGCCUCCCAGAAAACUCUGGACUCUCCAUCCGCUGGCUCUUCAAUCGCCAGAGCCUGUAUUUCAACAGCAGGAUGACGCUGUCCCAGAAAAACAGUCAACUCGUAAUAGAUCCGGUCAGGAUGGAGGAUGCUGGGGAGUAUCAGUGUGAGGUCUCCAACGGGUACAGUUCUAAGAUGAGUCCCCCAGUCCAAAUGUCUGUGACCAGUGAGUGA